AUGUUGGUGGUCGUGUACAGCUCCCUGUUUCUCCUGGCCCUCCUCGGGCUCGCCACCUACUUCAAACUCCGCGUGGUGAAGGACGAGAGCGCCACCAAUCCCACCUACACCCACUUCGCCCUCCGGACAUACCUCCCGCUCUACCUGUGCGUGGUUCUGGGCGACUGGCUGCAGGGUCCCUAUCUCUACCGUCUCUAUCACUGGCACGGCUUCAUGGAGACGCAGGUAGCCGUCAUUUACGUCAGCGGGAUGGUUUCCAGCGCCCUAAUCUUCCCUGCCAAAGACAUCAUUGCCAAUCGCUACGGUCGGCGGACUACAAUUGUCGCUUUCUGCUUCCUCUACGUACUCUCCUGUCUCGCCACCGCCGUUCCUAAUUACGGGGUUUUACUCGUCGGAAGGUGUCUCUCGGGAUUGAGUAACACCAUCGUGUUCUCGGGUUUGGAGUCGUGGUACGUCCACGAGCACACGCAGCGGUUCGAUUUCCCCUCGGAGUGGAUUCCUGUCACUUUCGGUCAUGUUGCCUUUGGGAGUAGCGUUGCCGCCAUAGUUGCGGGAGUUUUGGCCGACGUGUUUGCCCGGUGGCUUUCGUUUGGCCCCGUUUCGCCCUUUAUCGUGGCGUGUCCCGUUCUGCUGGUGGCUGGGGCUUCAAUUGCAGCAUCCUGGGAGGAAAACUGUGGAGAAAAGCAGACCGUUAGUUUGAAACAGUUCCGUAAGGCAGCAUUCGAGGGGCUCAAGACCAUCGUACAAAACGUGCAAAUAUUUCUAAUUGGGACGGUGCAGAGCCUGUUUGAGAGUGUGGUGUUUGUGUUUGUGUUUCUGUGGACGCCGGCGCUGGACGUGUACCACGACCUCCCUCUGGGGAUAGCCUUCGCCUCUUUCAUGACCUGUUUCCUUGUCGGUUCCCUCGUCUGUGACUACCUCAUUGCCAAAAACAGGUUCCCCCCAACUCAGAUGCUCGUGGUGGUAACGUCGAGUGCAACAGUCGUGUUUCUAGUUGCCGCUUACUUUGCCAGCAAUAAGACAGCCCCACUCUACCGGUUGAGAAUGCUAAUCUGUCUACAACUAUUCGAGCUGCUCUGUGGGCUCUAUUUCCCCAUUCUGCGGACACUGAGAGAGUCUGAGGUGCCACAGGAGGUCCAACUGAGCACUGUCAACUGGUUCAGAGUCCCCCUCACCCUAUUCUCCUCCCUCGCUCUCCUCUCCCUCCAAGGGGCGACAGGGGGACCGCCCGAAAUAUUCCUCUUCUGUGCUGCAGGCAUGCUACUGGCCACUGCAGCGUCUGCUUCUCUUGCCUACCUUCUCUCCCGCAAAUCCUCCACUGAAAACAGCAGUAUUAUUCCUUGA